AUGUUGCGAGUCUCGCUGCCGCUCGGCGCGCAGGCCGGAGAUCGCAUCGACGUCGAGACCGCGUCGGGCGCGUGCUCGAGCGUCGUCCUUCCACAGGGCGCGCCGCGAGGCGCCACCCUCACCCUCGCGCUCCCGCAGAACGCCGCCGACAACGACGUCGAGCGGGUCCUGCUGCGGACAGGGCAGCCGCCGGGUGCGGUCGCGCUCGAGGCGGAGAGCGUCGCCGUCUGCGCGUCUCUCGUCGACGGCACGCUGCGCGCAUCGGAAGACGACGGAGAGGGGGCCCGCGCCGCCGCCGCCGCCGCCGCCGCCUUUUCCUCGCCGCUCGAGCCCGCAGCCUCCGCCCUCCAGUCCGGGGUGACGAUCGACGAGCACGCAAUGACGCAAUUCCUUGCCCACGUCGACGACGCCGACAAGCGGUCGCAAGUCGCCGAUGUCGCCGCCGCCGCCGCCACCGCCGCCGCCACCGCCGCUGCUCCCACCGCCACCACCGCCGCCACCGCCACUGCCGCCGACGCCGCCGCUGCCGCCGACGCCGACGCCGACGCCGACGCCGCCUCCGAUGCCGCCGCCGCCGCCCCCCCCCCCACCAAGUCCAAAGAGGAACGGCUCGCCGACCUCGACCGGGCCCGCGAGCGCUUCGCUCAGAGCCUGCGGCUCGUUGAGGGAAUUAACGAGACGAUUCCGUUUUUGGCAACCGUCGACUUCCCAUCAUUCGCAGAGACGUUUGUCGUCACAAAGCACGUGAUGCUGCGGCUGCUCGGCGCCGUCUACUUCUUCGCCUUUCUCGGCGCGUACCUGCAAAACGGCGCGCUCCUCGGUGAGCGCGGCCUGAUGCCGGCAAAGCCGCACCUCGAGCGGCUUCAAAAGCAAAACGCGGCCGGCGGCGGCUCGCGGCUCGACGGCUUCUUGUCUGCGCCCUCCGUCUACUGGUGGCUGCCGCUCAGCGACGCCUCGCUGGACGGCGUCGCCGCGGCCGGCGUCGCGAUCGCCUCGCUCGUCUGCUGCGGCCUCCACUCUUCGGCGGCGAUGGCGGCGAUGUGGCUCCUCUACUUCUCCCUCGUGACGGCGGCCGAGGGCUCCACUUUCUACCAGUACGGCUGGGAGAGCCAGCUCCUCGAGACGGGCGCCCUCGCCGUGUUCCUGCCGCUGCUCCAGCGCCGCGACUCCGACCCUUCCCGCGUCGUGCUGUGGCUCUUCCGCUGGCUCUCGUUCCGCAUCUCGCUCGGCGCCGGCCUCAUCAAGGUGCGCGGCGGCUCCUGCUGGGAGGCGCGCACCUGCCUGCACUACCACUUCGAGACGCAGCCGCUGCCUUCGCCCGCCUCGUUCGCCUUCCACUUCCUGCCAAAGUGGCUCCUCUCGCGCGGCGUCGACCUCGACCUGAUCGUCCAGCUUUACGCGUCGUGGGCGGUGCUGGUGCCCUGCUGCGGCGAGCGCUUGCGCCGGCUUCGCCGCGCCGCCGGCGCGCUGCAGGUCGCCUUCAUGCUCAACAUCGCCGCCUCGGGCAACCUCUCCUUCCUCAACCACCUCACCGUCGUCCCGUCGCUCUCCUGCCUCGACGACGCCUGCUGGCGGCCGCUCGCCCGCCGCUGCCCGCGCGCCCUCGCCGCCCUCGUCGCAGAGCCCGCCGCCGCCCUCGGGAAAGCCGAGCCGCCGCCGUCGCGCCUCGCCCGCGCCGCGCGGGUGCUGCUUGACUGCGCCUUGCUCGGGGUGGUCGGAUGGCUCUCUUGGCCGGUGCUUGCCAACCUGCUUGAGCUCGGUGGCGGGCGGCAGGCCAUGAACGCAUCCUUUGGCGCCUUCAAGCUCGUCAAUACGUACGGCGCGUUCGGCAGCGUGGGCGAGGCGCGGUACGAGCCCAUCGUCGAGUUCCCCUGCAAGCCCGGCGCGGUGACUCGCCGGCCAUGCUUCUGCGCUCCCUACCACUACCGGCUCGACUGGAACAUCUGGUUCCUCGGCUUCAAGCCGCACCAAAGCAUGCUGCAGCGGCGCGAGCGGUGGCUUUUCGCCUUCCUCCUCAAGCUGCUCGCCGCCGACCCGCCCGCCCUCUCCCUCCUCGCCGCGGGCGCCGCCGACGGCGCCGCCUUUCGCGACCCGGAGCCGCCGCACGCCCGCAAGGCGCCGCGGUACGCCAAGGUGGACAUGUACCGCUACUCGAUGGCGGAGCCGCUCUGGCUGCUCGCAGCCCGCUGGUGGCGCGCACCCGCGACGCCGCUCGUGUGGUGGAGCCGCGCCUACGAGGAGCAGCUCGUGCCUGCGGUGACGGUGGGCCCGCGGGGCGAGCUGGUGCGAGCGGAGGAGCCCAGGAAAGAGCGCCCUAAGGCGAGAGAAACGCAGACGCCGCCGCCUGUGGACGAGGAGCCGCAGUGCGCGCUGUGGACGUCCAUGGGCGAAUGCGAGCGGAACCCGCGGUUCAUGGCGCAGCGUUGCGCCCGCGCGUGCGCAAGUCAAUGA